GCGACCUCCCGUCCGGAGGACAAGGCGGAGCCCUCCAAGGAAGGGGCCGAGCCGCUAUCGAAGCGACUGCGCCCCACUCUCCUGGAAGGGUCCAUGAGGCUUCAGCGUCCCUUGAAGGACGCGAUCGAUGCGGGAGCUCGGGCCGGUCCGGGCGUAAAAGCGAUUCCCACGGUGAAGUCCAAGAAGAAGACCUUGGCGAAGCCGCCCGCGGCCGGGGUGGCGGCCACGAGGGCGGCCGAGGCAAAGAAGAAAGCCGCGGAGAGGAAGGCGGCGCCGUCCGACCUUGGGGGUGCGGGGUCGGCUCCAGAAGAGCCCGCCGCCGGGAGUCAAGCGGAGAAGGAGAGCACUAGCCACGCCCGCGAGCGUUUCCCUCGCCUUGCUGCGGAAGUGCGAGCUCCCUGCCGCAAGCAUCCCUUGGACGAGGUGGACCUGGAUCCCUACGUGGUCGGGAACAAACACAAGAUGGGCCGGACCCAUACCUCGUGCCCCGAUCUCCCCUCAGCCAGCGCCAACCCUCUGGUCGUGGAGCGCGCUGCACCCCUGCAGGCCGAGGUUGGCUAG